AUGGAUUUUACGUCUAGUUCUUUGGAAACCAACGGCACGUACUUCGCAUGUGAAUCUAACCAAGUACCCGGCCGACGGACUCCUCUGAGUGCCGUUGGACUGGGAGGAUAUUAUUUCCCUCAACCAUCAUCAGUUGCCUCCGACGAAAAUAGCCCGGGCCCGGCUUGUCAACAAUUCAAUAAUGGUUCUGACAACAGAAUACCUAACAAUGGUCAAGGCACUUCGACAAUGUCCGGUGUGGGAGCCAAGUCCAAGUCCAAGCAAGGUAAGUCCGUCCGGUUGAAUAUCAACGCCCGGGAGAGGAGAAGGAUGCACGACUUGAAUGAUGCGCUGGACGAACUCAGAAGUGUCAUACCAUAUGCUCACUCGCCGUCCGUAAGGAAAUUGUCGAAAAUCGCUACGCUUUUAUUGGCAAAAAAUUACAUUUUAAUGCAAGCAAACGCUCUAGAAGAAUUAAGAAGACUGAUCACUUACAUACAGGCUCAAGGAACAAUGACAAUGCCACCAGGUUUUGAUCUACAAGCUUCGAUGUAUCCCAUUAAACCUUCAUUGGCUUCACCCAACGCUUCACCCGAUUCUCCACAGUCUUAA